UUUUUCGCUGUUUAGUGCUCUACCAAACAAAGAACUUUAUUAUUUUCGAUAUAUUCUGUUAAUUUAUAAUUUUGAAAAUAAUAUAUAAAUAGUACAAAGAUGAAUCCAGAAUACGACUACUUGUUUAAACUGCUCCUGAUUGGUGAUUCUGGAGUGGGAAAAUCCUGUCUACUGCUCAGAUUCGCAGACGACACAUACACAGAGAGUUACAUCAGCACUAUUGGUGUAGACUUUAAAAUUAGGACUGUAGAAUUAGAUGGCAAGACAAUAAAAUUACAAAUAUGGGACACAGCAGGACAGGAGCGGUUUAGAACCAUCACUUCGUCAUACUACAGAGGGGCACAUGGAAUUAUCAUUGUUUACGACUGCACAGACCAGGACUCGUUCAGCAACGUGAAGCAGUGGCUGGAGGAGAUCGACCGCUACGCGUGCGACAACGUCAACAAGCUGCUGGUCGGCAACAAGUGCGACCUCACCACCAAGAAGGUUGUCGACUACACCACAGCCAACCAAUACGCGGAGCAGCUAGGCAUCCCGUUCUUGGAGACGUCAGCUAAAAACUCCACCAACGUGGAGCAAGCCUUCAUGACCAUGGCGGCGGAGAUCAAAGCGCGCGUGGGCCCGCCCACCGGGGGCUCCGCGCCGCAGGGCGCCUCCGUCAAGAUCGACCAGGGACGCCCCAUCGACACCGGCAAGUCUUCUUGCUGCUGAACACGUCGCCAAGGUAAUGUGACCCUUAUGC